CGCACACACAUGCACACGCACAAAUACAUGCACACACAUACAUACUGUAUCCACCCACACACAUACUCACACAAACACACUCUUGCGCACAUGCACGUGCCUGCACGCACACGCAAACUCACACUCACACACCCCCCCCCCCCCCCCCCACACACACACACACACACACACUCACUAGCACACACCCCCCCACACACACACACACUCACACACAUGCACACUGGCACACACCCACACACACACACUGGCACACAUGCAUGUAGCGCACAGCUACAUUAAGGGAAGCACUCAUAUCCGAGCAGCUGGAGGAAAACCACAGGACAGAACACAGAAAGAACAGGGACCAUUCCUGAAUCAGGGAUUCAGAGUUUGUGUGGAUUAUUCCAGGCUGGGACCCGGGAUCGCUCUGAAGUGAACACCCCACUCUCGCUGAGGACUGGGACAGAACACACGGUUUCCCCACAGUUCUCUGAGUGCUGAUGAGGUGAGAGUUACCCCGAGAAUAGAAGAUAAAAGUGUCACUGAAGGACUGAGUCUGUGCUUGGAGCCUUUCUGGAGUUUCUGGAGUUUCCAUGCCGGGGUGUAAAAGGAGCUGAUCACUUUCAGGCUGCUGAGAGACAGCACUUCUGCCCCCACAGCGCCCCCUGCUGGCCUGGAGAGACGCAGCAGCUGUUCUGAGGAGAGCCCAUAACACACCAUGGCCCAAUAUGACCAACUGGACGACAAGGCGUCUGUGGAUAUCCACGAUCACCCGCCUGUCCCGGAGAACUUCGUGAAAGAGAGUGAAAACAAUGUGUACUUUGUGUAUGAGGAGGAGGUGGAGGUAGAGGAGAAGAAGGAGCCCACUCCAGAGCCCGUUAUAAUGGUGAACGAGAGGCCGCACAAGUUCAAAGACCACUACUGCAAGCAGGCAAAGUUCUGCGACGUCUGUGCAAGGAUGAUCGUCCACAACAACAAGUUUUGUCUGAGGUGUAAGAACUGCAAGACCAACAUUCACCACUACUGCCAGUCUUAUGUUGAGUUCCAGAAGUGUUUUGGAAAAAUUCCUCCAGGGUUCAGACGGGCCUACAGCUCUCCUCUCUACAGCAGCCAGCAGAACGCCGCCGUGAAAGAGCUUCUGCCCUUCUCCCAGUCCAAUCGCCCGGACCCCGUGUUUGAGACACUGCGGGAGGGGGUCGUCAUGGCCAACAAGGAACGCAAGAAGGACACUGACGAGAAAAAGAAUCUGAUGAUGAUGAUGGAGGAGGAAGAGGAGAAUCUGCUGCCCAAACCGGCAGAGGGAGAGGGCGGUGAAGUGGCACAUGCAGAGGGAGACAAAGCAGCACCUGAUGACAAGAAUAAGAAGCCACAGCCAGGGAAAGUGGGCGUGUUCUCCCAGUCACAUUAUUACCUGGCUCUGUACCGCUUUAAGGCCAGAGAGAAGGAUGACCUGGACUUCCAUCCUGGGGAUCGGAUCACAGUGAUUGAUGACUCUAAUGAGGAGUGGUGGAGGGGUAAGAUUGGGGACAGGACUGGCUUCCUCCCGGCUGAAUACAUCAUCCGUGUGCGUGAGGGCGAGAUGGCGUUCAAGGUCAUCCGCUCCUUCGUGGGAAACAGAGAGAUGGGCCAGAUCACACUGAAAAAAGAUCAGAUUGUGGUGAAGAAAGGUGAUGAGAAGAACGGUUAUCUCAAAGUUACCACCGGCCGCAAACUGGGCUUCUUCCCCACCGACCUGCUUGAGUUCAUCUGAGCCAGAACCUCACCAGAACCUGCCAAGAACCCCAUCACAACCCAGCCUAGAACCACAUCAGACCCCAACCCAGAACCACAUCAGAACCCAGCACAGAACCCAACCCAGUACCCCAUCAGAACCCAGCCAAAAACCCCAUCACAACCCAACCCAGAACCACAUCACAACCCAGCACAGAACCCAGCCUUGAACCCCAUUAGAACCCAGCCCAGAACCAACACUCACCCAUCUCAGGCCCGGAACCAGAAGCAGGUCCCAGAUCAUCAGCCCAGUUGAGAGAUGAAGCUCCAGAUCUGCCUGAUCUUCUGUGUGUGAGGAGACUCUGUACCCCACAGCACAGUGAGGGGCCCCUGUACCCCACAGCACAGUGAGGGGCCCCUGUACCCCACAGCACAGUGAGGGGCCCCUGUACCCCACAGCACAGUGAGGGGCCCCUGUACCCCACAGCAGAGGGGCCCCUGUACCCCACAGCACAACAGAGGGGCCCCUGUACCCCACAGCAGAGGGACCCCUGUACCCCACAGCAGCAGAGAGAGGAGUGUGUCUCUAUCUGACCUGCUUACUUUGAACCCUUUCAUCAAUCAUUUACUGUCAGUUCUAUGCUUCUAGAUUUCAUUAACUUUUUCAUUAUAAGCUAAUCACCAUUUUUCCUUUUUAUUUAUUGGGAUGUUCUUUUCUUAAACAAUCAACAUUAUAAAUGUGUGAAUUACUUUUGUGUAACAUAGUGCUUCUCAUGGAUCUCAAAGCGCUUGGUGUCUCACGGACACCAUGAGCGAAUUAGAGCAGGACGAGGGCCGGCGGGCGGAGGGGAGGAGCUCAGACUUGAUGUAGCUCACUUUGAGUACGUCCCUGCAAAAAAUAAACUAAAUAAAACAAAUGAUUCCAAAAUGA